GAGAGAGAGAGAGAGAGAGAGAGAGAGAGAGAAGCUAACACUAAUAAUUGUCUCCUUUUCCACUGCUUGGGUUUCCUACCUUCAUAAUUGGGUUACAACACACGUUCAGGACCGUAAAACAGAGGUGGGUGUCCGUGGGCUGUACACAACGAUAACGAUUGAGAUAAGAUAUCACACGGUCUCCCUUUCACCACAAACUCGCACUCUCAUAAUGGUUAAAAACUUGUCAUUAAUUUUUUUCUGAAUUAUUGACGUGAGGCCAUUUAUAUACGCCUUUUAUUUAUUUCCAAACGGAAAGAUAGGCAGUAAAGAAACCAUGCACCCACACAAUGGUUGUGCGUUAUCUUGUUCCAUUUAUUCCGUCCGGGAUAAGGAUAGGUAUUAUAAUUUUCUUGCGUUACCUUCCUGUAGUACUUGCAAUCAUGAUGAGCAGCAUUAUGCGCCACGAGUAAGAACCAAGCACGCAGAAUGUCUCAAGUACUUUGUUACUGGCUGUCGUGGCGUGGAAGCUUUGUCCGAUCGUGUCUGCCACUCGCCCUUAACUAAAAAUAUUGGUUGGGAGGUGGCGAAGCAGUAAGGCCGUCAAAAGGAGGCAGAGUACUGUACUCCACUCUCAACUUCACCCCGGCCCCCUCGGCCCCUCCCCUGCGCGCGCCACAUGGUUGCUUGGAUAUCACGUGGACGCGAACCAGCAGCGGGUGGCUAGCGCCAGCACCAGGUUUAUGUCCAGUGCCUUGUGGUGGUAGCAGCGGUAGCGGGAGUUACUCAGUGCGCCUCGUGUUACACAACGUCGAUAUAAUCCAGACCUUGGUGCUACGCUGUCCUGUGUUACAAGCUCCCGCACACCACUCAGCGGGGACUGAAAUAUCGAGAUGUCGGGGCUGAUGGCGUGGUUCUGGAACGAGGAUGUGUGGCUGCCCCCUGGCUACACUUGGUAUUAUCUCACCCACUCUACUCACUUCAACUUCCCCAAGUUCUUGGACAUCUGGACCUACCCCUUCGCCAUCGCUGUCGCCUUCGUCAUCCUCCGCUACCUCAUACUUAAUCCCUUUUUAUUCUACCCACUCGCUCGGGCGAUAGGGAUCAAGAAUUCUCGGCCCCGUCCUCCUCCCCAUGAUAAUGUCCUGGAGGCAGUCUUCAAGCAGUACCGCACGCGCCCCUCUCCAGAAGCUCUUACUAAUGCCGCCUCGGCUAUGGGAUGGGAGGAGCGCCAGGUUGAGAGGUGGCUACGGCAGCGUGUUGCCACCAUUAGGACUUCUCCUCGAACCAAGUUCUGUAACCUUGCUUGGGAAACUACUUACUACAUCUCGUACUCGAUUCUGGGGCUCUAUGUGCUGUGGGACAAGACGUGGCUGUGGGACAUCGAUUACUGCUUUAUUGGUUUCCCUGAGCACAGCGUGGACGACUGUGUGUGGGUCUACUAUAUGGUGUCGCUGGGGUAUUAUUGGUGCAUGACCAUAACGCACUUCUUUGAAUACCGCCGCAAAGACUCAAAUCAGCUCUUCGUGCACCAUCUGCUCACUAUUCUUCUCAUCUCCUUCUCGUGGGCUGUGAACUUCGUGCGCAUCGGAACGCUAGUGCUAAUUGUUCACGAGUGUGGCGACAUCCCAAUGCUGGUAGCCAAGAUCUGCAAGCUGUGCGGGUUUAACCGGGGCAUGGAUGGCUUCUUCCUGGUGUUCCUGCUUCUAUGGCUGAGUACGCGUGUUGGUCUGUACCCAUUCUGGAUAAUGAGGACCACGCUCUUUCGCGCUCAUGUGAUUCUGCAGAUGUGGUACCCCGUCUACUACAUCUUUAACGGACUUCUGCUACUCUUAUUGUUUAUCCACAUUAUGUGGACGUACCUUAUUCUCAGGAUUGUGGUGCGUAUGUUGAUUUAUAAAGAAAUCUCUGACGUUCGCUCCUCUUCUGAUGCUUCAGACGAGGACGAGGCCGAUGCCGCUAAGAAGGAGGCGUAGGCUGACGCGGCACUUCCCACGCCUAUCUUUUUCGCCAGCUCUUCUCUCCUACUUGUUCAGAGCCUCCGUGGCGAGCUGUGGCUCCUGCAUCUGCUUCAGAGUUUUAUCCCAAUGCAUGAGUCGCCAACACUUUCUCAUAUCAAAGUAGCGUUCAACCCAAGGCCUCUAUAGACUAAGCAUAUCAUUGCGUGCACAAUCUUUGAUAAUAUCCGGCGGCCUCUGAUUGAUGAUAGUAGCCAUCGUAGCAUUUACAGUUCCGUCGUGGCGUCGCCCCAUGUCGGGGGUAGGUCGUCAUCUCUGGUAAUUAGCUUGCCAAAUAGCUCAGCUCCUUUGUAAUUUAUUUGUUUUCUGUUACUUUGUUUAUCAAUGAGUUUAAGUGAAUAAAUGUUCGUUCGUCUUUCCGAAGUACAAAGCAUCUGCUAAGCCGCCGUGCCAAGCAAGACUAGCCCCAUGUGUCUGUAUCUACCAUACUGUUGCAGCCCACCUGCGCGGCGGCAAGGUUCCCAAUUUCCGAGUGCAAAACAUUCCAGUGACUUUCUUUCCUAACCCUUGCUCGGUGCUGUUAGUGUCGCACCACUGCCCUACUCCCGGAGAGCCGCAUCACGUUUGGCCGGGCGUGGGGCAGAGGCUGGCGGCAUCUUCCACCGGCCGCAGAUGGUGUAGUGACCAAGCAGUAAUUCACUGAGGACGGAAAGCUUGGAACUUACUGUGUUACGAAGUGAUAAAAAAAUGUACUAGGAACAGACUUGCUUCUUGUUACGAUGCCAACUAAAUGAGUUUAUAAAACUACUAGUUCUUCAGA